AUGUUGGCAAGGUCAUGCUUGCGCUCGACGCGCACCCUCAAUGGGCUUCGAAAUGGCGCCAACAAUGUCACCAAGCGUGCCGCCUCGACGAGCUCCGGCGCUGCUAACGAAGCUGUCCCUACGCGACUGAACGUCGCCGCCGCCGCCUCGACCACCCUCGCCCUUGGCUCCAUGGCCUGGUACUACCACCUCUACGGCCCCGUGGCCUUCGCUUCGACUCCUGCCGAGGAGGGUCUUCACCCCACCAAGUACCCCUGGGUUCACGAGCAGUGGUUUAAGACCUACGAUCACCAGGCCCUCCGCCGUGGUUUCCAGGUCUACCAGGAAGUCUGUGCCUCUUGCCACUCUCUCGAGAGAAUCCCUUACCGAAGUCUCGUUGGUUCCAUCCUCACUGUCGAUGAGGCCAAGGAGCUCGCCGAGGCGAACGAGUACCCCGGCGAGCCCAACGAGCAGGGUGAUAUCGAGAUGCGCCCCGGAAAGCUUGCCGACUACCUUCCUUCUCCUUACAAGAACGAGGAGGCUGCCCGAUUCGCCAACAAUGGUGCCCUCCCUCCUGAUCUGAGCCUGAUCGUCAAGGCCCGCCACGGUGGCUGCAACUACAUCUUCAGCUUGUUGACUGGCUACCCCGAGGAGCCCCCCGCCGGAACUGUUGUCGCCCCUGGCAUGAACUUCAACCCUUACUUCCCUGGUACCGGAAUUGCCAUGGCUCGUGUCCUGUAUGACGAUCUUGUUGAGUACGAGGAUGGCACUACCGCCUCCACUUCUCAGAUGGCCAAGGAUGUUGUCGAGUUCCUCAACUGGGCUGCUGAGCCUGAGAUGGAUGACCGCAAGAAGAUGGGUAUGAAGGUUCUCGUCGUCACUGCCUCCCUCUGGGCAGUGAGUGUAUGGGUCAAGCGCUACAAGUGGGCUUGGCUGAAGUCGAGAAAGCUCGCUUACGACCCUCCCGCUGAGAGCAAGGUCCGCCAUUAA